AUGAAAUAUGAGGGUGUCGAGAGCCGCGGCGCGGCGCUGCUCCUCCGCCUACAGCUGCCGUCCUGUCCUCUAUCUCCUAUCCCCGUAUGGGCGCGCACGCGCACCCGCUCUUCAAAGCCAGAUCGCAGCACAGGAAAGGAGCCGGACGAGGAAGAGGCGAUGGGCGCGCGCAGCUCCUUUCUCCUCGCCCCGUCCACACAUGCCCGUCCGCUCUUCACAGCCAAACCGCCUUACGAGGACGCGCGCACGCCGGCUAGCUCUCCACCGCCAGAAUGGCCCCAAGGGUCAGUGUCAACGAUGGAGAGCGGUGGGGGCGCGCACCUCCGUGUUACCCCGAUCCACGUCCGCUCUUCCCCGCUCCCCAUCGCCACACGGGACGACUCCGCUAACGAAGAGCCGGCGGCGAGCGCAACCCCUCCAUUCAUACCCCAGUCUACACGCGCGCUCCCUCUUCCCCGCUAG